CUACACCACUUUGGCGUAACGGACCAGCUGAAAAACCUGUGCUGUGUAACGCUUGUGGAUCACGAUACAAGUUGAAAGGGCACCUUGAUAAUUAUCUCCCCAAACACUACAAGAACUAUGGUGAAAAUCAUCUCAGUGUUGAGGUUUCAGACCAACUUUCAGAGCACGGAAACAGCAAUGAGUCAAACCCAGAUUUCCAUUUUAUAUCAGAACAAGAUUUUGGGAACAACAUCCCUACAAGGAAACGGUCAAGGGUGGUUUACAGGGAGAUGACACCAUUGGAGGAGUUUCGGAAGCAGCUUUUGAGUUUGUAUAGAAGUGAAAAGCAGCCAAAGGAGAGGUCCCCGGAAGAGGAUAUAUUGUUGGAUAACGUCAACGGCUUCAUACCCAGCAGUGAGAUAGGACUUGGAGUCGUUCUCCUAAGACAGAUCCUGGAUCAUUACCAACCGCAACCUUAA